AUGGCCGCCGCCUCACCCGUACCCAUCCGCAUCUCCUCGUCUUCGUCCUCGCCUUCGCCCUCGCCCUCGUCCUUCUUCCAGCUGCCCACCCGCCGGCGCAAGCAGACGCGCCUGAUGGAGCAGCAAAAGAGCGAGCAGGCCGCCGUCCUCCAGGAAGAGCUCUCCCUGCGCACCCAGGCCUGGGUCUACCUCGAGGACUUCCUCCACAACUCGCAGUGGAGCGACCAGAUGGACCGCAUCACCAUUGUCCGCGACGCCGUCCCCACCAUGCCCGAGCUCAACGCCUACGGCGACCUCGACGAAAAGGAGGGCACCCGCGCCUGUCGCCGCCUCUUCAAGGCCGUCGUCAUCUGGGACGAGCUGGGCCACAGCCUCUGGGGGACCCUCCGCGCCGCCUCGGAGCAGAGGCAGCUCGCCCAGCGCCAGUUCGAGAUGGGCUCGCCGCGGAGGAGCCGCUUCCCCGACGAGCUGCGCGCCACCGCCGCCUACACCUCGCGCCGCCCCUCGCGCCGCUCCUCCGAGGACUCGUAUGACUCGGACUACUCGUUUGACUCGUGCGACUCGUUCCAAUCGUCGACCAACAGCCUCUCCGGCGCUCCUCCCGUCCCGCCGCUGCCCGCCGCCUUUGUCGCGGCAGCGGCGGCAGCAGCCGAGAAGAAGCCGCGCAUCAAGCUGCCCAAGCGCCUCUCGCGAUCCUCGGGCUCGGCAUCCUCGUCGUCUGGCCGGCCGUCGUGCGAGAUGGAGCCGGCCGGCGCCGACGUCCCCUUGUGCCUCGACCAACAACACGACGCCGCGGACCCGAGCGCUCUCGACAUGCUCGGCAGAUCGCCUCCCCGUGAUGGCGACUCGUCGCCCUCGGCAUUUCCGAGAAUCUUCUCCCAUAACUGGGCCGUGAGGAAGCGCCUUGGCGUCUUUGGCGACAGCCGCCCCAGUACGGCGAGCGCCCCGAGGCAAUCCUACAGCCAUCACCAGUCCCACCAGUCCUCAUAG